AUGAGCAUUCAGCGCGGGCAUAUCAAAGUUAAAAGAGUGAGCCUAAACCUUCAUUCAAGGAGCUUCAGUGAAAAUAAUGAAAGCACGUCUUCUUUAGCAUCGUCUGUUCUUCCGCGGGGAAGAAGCAUUAGCGACCCUAUGUUCUCUGUGGUGCGGAUCAAGACUGACGAAAGCGAAGCAAGCGAAUUCGAGGAUAAAGAUCACUUGGAGACUGGAAAUGAAAAUGACCAAGGCUUUCCGAGUCUCAAGACUUCAUCUUUUUACUCUACGUUAGAUACGUUUCAAGAAGAAAUUCCUAGAGAAGCUCUCUUAGGGAAAACUAAUAGGGACUUAGCCGUUUGGAGAUUUCGAAGCGGGAGUGACUCUUUGGUAUUUUCUUCCCUCACAGAUCAAUCACACUCAGAGCGUUUAAAGGCGAGAGGGCACCCACUAUUUUCAUUUUUAAGAGAACACUCAUCCGAAGCGAUUAAAUGCAAUAGCCACGAGGAAAAUAAUAAUCAAGAAUCCUCGGUUUGGAAACGCCGUUCUCGAACAGUAUCCUUUUCUAGUCACUCUCUCUUGUGUUCGGCGAUAUCGCAAGACGAUGUUGAGGAGCUAAGCAACUUGAUUGACCGGGAAAACCUGGACCUCAAUCUCCCGGAUGAAUUUGGAAACACUUUACUUCACCGCGCAGCAAUAGAUGGAAGCUACCGCUGCCUCAAUUUUCUUCUCUCGCGCGGCGCUGAAGUCGACGUCACUGAUAAUAGAGGCUGGACUGCGCUUCACGAUACCGUGUUUCAUGGGCAUACCCGCUGUGCCGUUUUUCUUAUUAUCUCGGGCGCUGACGUAGAGGCCGAGACAAGUGAUUUUCUCAAACCAAUUGAAAUGGCCGAAGACGAUGAGAUGAUUUUAGUGAUCGGAAGGGCAAUGUCAAUGAAUAGUGGUAAAAAUUCCAAAAAUUGCAAUUACGAUAAAGAAACGUUAGUUUAAUGGUGACUCAGUUUAGAACGAAUCUCAAAAACUUCCGCAAACGUAUUAAACUUUUGAAAUGACGAAAUGACGAAAGUUUUUAACUGGAACAAGAGAGUUAACAUUUCCUUUUCCUUUUUUAAUUUCUGUAUAAAAUCUGAUAAAGUCAAUUAACAAAUAAACAAAAACAAAAAUGAUGCUAGAAAUAACAAGUGACUUAUACUCGAAAAAUAAAGACAUAUGCAUGGACAUAACUACAAGAGCUAGUGACCUGGUGACUAGAAUCAAAUUUCUCCUCCUUCUAUCAAUAGACCAUUUCCGGGUUUUAAAAACUCUCACUUUCCAAACGAGGCUAAGUGCAAAACCUUUGAUGUGAAAAUGAGUUUUAUUUGCAUGAGAAUAGAAAAUCAUUUUCAUAGCAAUGGUUGCGCACUUAGCCUCCCUUUGAAACAGAGGCUUGGACCGACUCGGAGGUGGCCUAAGACUGACUUUAGUGCACUGAGUUAUAUCCUGAUAAACUAUCUACUUUGCUAUCACAGACAGGAUACAACGUAUGUAGAAAAAAAAGUGUGGCAAUUUUCCUCUCUUUCAGCAAGCCGGUCUAAAUAGCGGGGGAACCAGGAGGAUAAAAUCGGACGUCAGCAUGUAAGGCGUACUUUCAUUCCAUUUUAGUCCAUUUAUCCUCUCACCUUGCCCAUUGAUUCCGACCAAUGACGACGGACCCAGAUUACCAGGAACCACUGAAUAAACAUCCAGUCAGAUAGACCAUGAAAAUGGGGUUUAAGCACCCUGCUCUCUUGAAAAAUGUAUGGUUUCUUUUUCGUCCCUAUCUAAUCUAUGUGUAAGGAUCGUGGAGACCAAGGCCAGCAACGCCAGGGCAUAAAUUGAAUUAAUGUAUGUAUUUUGUAGGACACAGUUUUCAUUGCCUAUGCCUGUCACUCUAAUGGGCGGAGCCAGCCUUUUGAUGGUAUAGCAGCUCAGAAAAGCCUUUUGCUGAUCUCUUAAACUUUCCGAUAGUGAAUAGACGGGCUUGGAAAACUAAUGUACGGACCAACAACUCUUUAUAAACAGUUUUGCCGAAGGUAGAAAGGAAAUGGUACUUACCUUAAAGAAAAUUGAUGUUUUUGAAAAGGAAGAAAGGAAUUCAGUUUCUAAAGGGAUUCAUUAGAGAUAAGUUAUGAAUGUCCAUUCAAUUGUUCAGCUUUUGAAGGCGGUAAGGUUCAAAGAGAGAAGGAACCAAAAGUUGUACUCUUUUCAAAAGCAGCGUCGGCGUGUUAAAACAAGAGCUAACAAUAGAUUAGCGAGUGUAAGAACAAAAGUCACCUAUUAAAAAGUGUACAAUGAUUUUGCAUUUACUAAGGUUGAGAGACUUAAAAACGCAUGCAAUUUUCUCAUGAUCUUCCGCAAUUCUUGAGAAAGAUAGGGUAGGCUUUUUCAUCCUUUAUGGAUAUAAAUCUUACGUUAGUUUUGAAUGAGACCAGAAAAAAUCUUUAGUAAAGGUUUUUUGUUGCUGAACAAAAAAACAACAACAAAUGAAACAGAGACGUAAUCAAUUUAUUUACCUAAAUUCGCACAUACUUACAUUAAAUGUCUUUAAGAAAAUGAAACACAAUCAAAGAGGAUGAUGUUUUUGGUAGUUACACAAAUGAAAAGUACAAACGUUCCGUGAUCAAUGGCCUUUUCACAUAAAUCACAAACGCCUUAAGUCAUCGGGAAACUUUUACAGUGAGUAAGCGAUUAAGUCUAACCCAAGGGAUUUACGUCAGUACCAUAACAAUGUAGUCACAGGAACCGAAAUUCUGUAGGUAUUUGUUUGCGAAACAAAAUCGUCUCUAGCUGUACAGUUAUAUAACAUGUCCUCGACAGGAGAUUUGUCACACCUGCUCAAUUUUGCUUAGAAAACGGCAGCGCUGAUAGUUCAAGUUGCCCUAGGCGUACGGGUCGUGACGACAUUGCCGGACUUAAGCUUGUUGAAACGGCAGCGCUGAUAGUUCAAGUUGCCCUAGGCGUACGGGUCGUGACGACAUUGCCGGACUUAAGCUUGUUGUCGUCAUAGGAAGAUCAUUGCAAAGAAAACGAAGGUGCUAACUACAAGCAUUGAUAUCAAUUGUUUGAAGAUGUUUGCUCUGCACCGAGCAUGCGAAGAAGGCAAUUUAAUUUUAGUGUCAAUAUUGCUGGAGAAGGGAUUGAAUGUGAACGCUAAAGAUAAACAAGGUAGAACACCAUUACAUAUUGCGUCGAAAAUAGGAGAUAAACUAUUAGCGGAGCUCCUGUUUCAACGAGGCGCGGACAUUUGUUGCAAGUCAGCGCGCGGUAAAAUUCCUUUGGACUGCAGUCAUGAUGAGGAAAUGACAUUACUCCUUGUACAAAUGAUGGCACGCACGGGAAAAGCUCAACUUGCAAAAGAACGUUUACAGUUCGAAGAGUUAACGGAAAAGGCCAGACAAAAAGUCGCCAAACAAUUAGACAUAAAAUCAACUCGGAAAAAGUCCAUUCCAUUCUCUCAGUUAUUAGGCAAGCGGCCCAUUGCUAAUCUUUUGGGAUUUAGAGAGCCUGAUUCAAGGCUAUCAAGCCUAUCCAACGUGUCCGACUGUAGCAGGUUCAGCGAAGCCGAAUCAGGCUUUUGCGAGAUGGACAAGUCUCCUGAUAGUAUUUCAAUGGAGUCUGUGCAAACAGAUGAGUCCAUUUCAAGUGGAUUCAUGUCAGUCGAUGAUGAGUCAACGACGCAUCUUACCAGGCGUGCAACAACGGCGCUUACCAAACAAGAAUUUGCUGCCUUAAAACGCUCUCCUUUCAUGCCGCGAAGUCGCGCCAUCUCGGAACCACCUCCAAAGAGGACAGUCAAACGCUCGUCAACAUGGAAUAUUACGCGAACGCAAACAGGCACGUUUCCGCGUUCCGUUUUAAGAAACCGCAUCUACAAGAGCGUGACGUUUCCAGCUGACAUUCUGCUAGACAUCGCAAUAAAAAACGACGACUUCGUUGAGACAUGUCAUCUGAUAAAAUCACGAAAAGUUGACUUUAAUCGAGUCGGGUGUAACGGCCUGACUCCUCUCCAUCGCGCUGCCAUCGAGGGAAGCUAUGAAUGUCUUCAGUUACUGAUCGAUCUCGGAGCAAACGUGAAUGUCAAGGACGAAUAUGGAUGGACGCCUUUGCAUGACGCCGUGUUUCAUGACCAUGUCAACUGCGCAACAGUCUUAAUAAACGCUGGAGCGGCUUUGGAAGCCGAAACGGACGAUUUUUGGACGGUACUUGAAAUGGCGGACAGUGAUAAAAUGAUCUUUACGAUUGGAAGAGCGUUAGUUGUUAAAAACAGCGACGGGGACAAACGUGACCUAAUGUACUGGGAAGAUCAAGUAUUUGAACCUGUCUUUGAUCCUUACAGAGAAACAUGUGUAUAA